AUGCGGAUCCCGUCUUUGUCAGGUGCUAAUGGAGGGGACCAGAUUCCGCAAACCAUUGCCGCUGAAGACCCCCUUCAUUCAAAAGCUGCGCAAACAACACUGCAAUCGUCUCCGAAGUUGCAAGCUACUAACGACAACCAACGAACCUCAGCAAACCAGAAAGCCGCCGAAGAUAUCACCGCUGCUGCUACUGAACACACCACCCCCAUUGUUGCGACUAAACCUAUUGUAGCGACCCAAAUCAUAGACGCGACUGAAACCCUUCAACCGGUUUCUGUAGUUGCUGCUAAUCCAAUGAUUGAAUCUGGGAAAUCAACUUCGCUUCAAUCUUCUCCGAUGGCUGCUACAUCGCCAAUGGUGGAGGGCCGGCGAGAAACUCCAAUGACAGACGGCGAACUAGAAAUCCCAACGAUUUCGCAAACUCUGAAACUGAAUUUCGUUGAUGUGCAAUCAACGCCCAAGAUGCGCGGAAUCUCUAGUCAAUCCGAUUCAAUUUCAAAUUCUCAAAGCCAUCCAGGUUCGAAUGCAAAACUGACGCAGUCUGUUCCUUCUUCAAGUGAUGGUCAUCAAGGCUCUCCGAUAGUUGACGCUGCUGUGGAUUAUCAUUAA